AUGGGGAACAGGGAGGGGAGGCGGAGCCUCGGCGGCGGCAGCUUCUAUCGGGUGGCUGCCGGGCGAAAGCAGCGUUCAGCUGGGCGGCAGGAACCUAAUUAUCAGCUUGACAUCAUCUGCGGCGUGCAUAUGGAAUCCAGAUCACAUACCCCUCCAAGAUUCUAUCAUGCCAAUUUUUUGGCGAGUGCAGUUGCAGCCAAUGGUGAUAUCAUACAAUCCCGUCGAUGCUACGAUUGUGAGGUUGCAUUAAGCAAGAUUGUGCAUCCACCAUCCGGAAGCCAUUCUGGGAACAAAGUUAUUCGCUCGAUUGAACAGUGCCAGAGCUUGUUUGACUAUGCUAUCCGCAAGGUGGACAAUGGUGGUUUUGAACGUUUGCUGUAUUCAGAUUAUAUUUACUUCGAUCCGGACAGGGAUGUUAAACUUGGGAAGACUGUGAAUGACAUUUGGGAGCAGGAGACCGAGUCCAUGGGUUUUUUUCAACCGCCUAAUUGUUAA